AAUUUUCUCCUUGAAGUUGUAUAUGAUGGGAGAAGAGGGAAGCAAUCGAGGAAGAGGUAAGAAUAAGCGUUUUUGGACCUUUGAGGAAGAUACGGUGCUCAUAAAAUAUUUACAUGAGUUAUCUCUCGAUCCUAAAUGGAAAAGUGAAAGUGGCUUCAAGAGUGGUUACAUGAAUAAGUUGGAAGAAAUGAUAAAAUAUGUGCUACCUAAUUGUGGCUUGAAAGCUGAUCCACACAUUGAGUCAAGGAUUAAGCAUUGGACAGAGAAAUAUAGUGCAAUGGCAGAGAUGUUAUCUGCUUCUGGAUUUGGAUGGGAUUCGGACAAAAAAAUGUUGCAAGUAGAGAAAACUGUAUUUGAUGAAUGGGCUAAGGCUCACAAGAAAGCAAAGGGGUUGUAUGGAGUACCCUUUCCUCAUUAUGAGACACUUGCUGAAAUCUAUGCAAAAGAUAAAGCAACCGGAGAAGUUAGUGAAUCAUUUGUUGGAGCUAUUGAUAACAUGAAUGUUGAGAUUGCAAAUCAGUCUAUGACAAUACAGAGUGACGAAGACGGUUAUAUGGAUUCUCCCACUCAUUCUACCUAUUCUACUCAAUCAACAACUCAAUCCCAUAAGCGGCCAAUGAAGAAAGAGGAUGAUAAUACUCCUUCCAAAAAAGCAAAGAUGAAAGAAAUGAAGGGAAAAGGAAAGACACAUCAAAAGGUAGAUGAUGCUAAUGAGUUAGUAGCUUCUCUUCAUAAUACAUCUAAAACUUUUGGGAAAAUUUUUGAGGACAUAAAUGCAAAUCUUGGAACUAUGGCAAAUUCAUGGUCCAAAGCCGAAGAAAGGGAGCAAAAAAUGGAUGAUGAAGUGAAUAAGGUGUUAGAAGAAGUUAUGAAAUUGGAUGGUGUUUCUCCUUCGGAAUCUUUAGAGGUGGCAACAAUUCUCAUGGCUGAAUAACAUAAGCUUCGAAUCUUUUUUCAAGCUCCAACUAACUUGAAGAAACAAUAUGUUUUAGAUCUCCUUAAGAAAAAGUAGGUGGGAGUAUUGCUAAUCAUCUACAAUGUAUGGCCUCUGAAACUUUAAUUAAGGCUUAUUUUGUUCUUGAAUUUCAGAAUUUUGUAGUAUACAUUUGUUUGGUUUCCUACAAAAAGUACUUGUUAUGCUAUGAUAUAAUCAGUCUAAUAUUAUAGCUAACUUAUUUUUAUGGUAUUUUUAUGCUAUGAUAUAAUCUGUACAGUUGGUGGCUGUUUCUGGCCUGCUGUUUUCUGGUCUGGUGUUUAUGUGUUCUCAGGCUGCUGGUGUUUUUGGCUGAGUUCUGGUUUUGAUUUUGUUAUUACUUGUGUCUGUUUUUUGUGUUGCUGGGCUUAUGUUUGUUACUUGUUGUAAUUCUUUCAUUCUUUGUUAAUAAUAUUUGCUUAAUUCCCAAAA